AUCAUGAGAAAGUUUCCUUACAAUGGCAGGUUAACCAAGUAACUUUUACCUAGGCCUUAACAUUUUGCCUAGGCCAUUAACAUUCAAUCUAGAGCUUAAUAGAUUACCUAGGCCUUAACAUAUACCACCACUACCCCCUUACUGAUGACUUCAAAGUACUGCUAGCAUGUACAGUAUGGAGAUCAAGGGAUGAUUGUUGAACGCUACUAAGUCAGAGCAAAUUAUGACAUUUCAGAAAUAAGAAAAAAGGUCCCUGGCCUCAGUCAGGCUGCGCCCCGUGGGCGCCUUGCCUGCUGCUGGCCAUGGGCAAAGCGGGCGCCGUGGGGCGCCAUCUGCCCUUCCCGGGGGCGCCAAGGAGGCGCUGGUGGCCGCAGCGGCAGCGGCAGCGCUGGUGGCCAGACCCGGGCGAGAGCAAGGGCAAAGUCGCAGGCCGCGCCGCCAUGAGCCUAGUUGGGCUGUGGGAGAACUUGUUUGCUGGGCAGUCAAAGAUCUGUGCCGUCAUGAGUCCAAACAAAUGGUCUGGAAUUCGCUCUCCACUUCAGGAAGAGAACUCGGUUGUACAUCAUGAGGUCAAAUUCCCGGGAAAACCAUUAGCUGGAAUCCUCAGGAAGGGAGAAGAAAAAAGAAACGCUAGGAAUGUUAUCCGAAGCACUGUGAAGUCAGAUGAACAGAAGAGUAAAGGUACCAGGAGAGGUCCCAGGGCGCCUUUCCCAAACCAAAAACCUGAAGCAAAAGCACCUCCAAAAGCUCCACCCCCAUCACGUGAUUAUACCAAUGUAGCAGUUGCUAAGCAAGCCCAGAAAAAGCCCCUCAAGGGCAAGCAGGCCCCUAGGGAAAAGUCUCAAGGGAAAACACAGCAGAAUAGAAAACUCACAGAUUUCCACCCUGUGCGAAGGAGCUCCAGGAAGAGCAAAGCUGAGCUGCGGUCUGAAGAAAGGAAGAAAAUAGAUGAGCUAAUUGAGAGUGGGAAGGAAGAAGGUAUGAAGGUUGAUCUAAUUGAUGGCAAAGGCAGGGGCGUGAUUGCUACCAAGCGGUUCUCCCGGGGAGACUUUGUGGUAGAAUACCAUGGGGACCUCAUUGAAAUCACCGAUGCCAAGAAGCGGGAGGCUCUAUAUGCACAGAACCCCUCCACAGGGUGCUACAUGUACUAUUUUCAAUAUCUGAGAAAAACCUACUGCGUGGAUGCCACUCAGGAAACGAAUCGCCUGGGGAGACUGAUCAAUCACAGUAAGUGUGGAAAUUGCCAGACCAAACUCCAUGACAUUGAUGGCGUGCCUCACCUCAUCCUUAUUGCCUCCCGAGACAUUGCGGCCGGGGAGGAGCUCCUGUACGACUAUGGUGACCGAAGCAAGGCCUCCAUCGAAGCUUACCCUUGGCUGAAGCACUAACCAUGUGGCUUCCCUGCCUCCCUGCUUCCCUGCCACCCUGCCUCCUUCAAAGGACAAAGUGCCCUCAAAGGGAAAUGAAGUUUUACACUCUCUCUCUCUCUCUCUCUCUCUCUCUCUCUCUCUCUCUCUCUCUCUCUCUCUUAGCUAAUUACUUCAAAUGUUUCUUAAAAGUAUAUUAAAUAUUCCUUUUCAUGUAGUAUUUAAAUGUCUGUUACAGGUUUCCAGGGUGAACUUGAGCAGAUGGCCUUAUAUUACCAAAACUUUUAUAUUCCAGUUGUUUUUGGACCUUUUUGGAUAUAAGCUGAACGUUUGUGCUUCCCACGCAGUGUAAGAUCAGCACAGGUUUUACAGAAUGGAGUUGAACAUGAACGAGGAAACCAGGCUCUGCCCAAGAUGAAAGCCAGGACUUUCCCGCACCUCACGUCCAAGAACAGGCCGGGGGGUGGGGUGCUGCCACCCCCACGUACAGCCUGGACUGGAUGUCUCCAAGCUCUUACUCUCCUCAGGAUCUUGACAUUGACGUGUAUGAAUAUUUUUUAGCAAAAGUUUCACAGUAAGCUAUCUACCUCUCUGCUUUCUCCAAAGCUUACUGAGCCUGGGGCUCAGAGGCCCCACCAGGAACACAGGCUUACAGCUUUUCCAGGCACCUUGAAGCAUCAGGGUGGGCAGUCAGACUAGAGGCCAGCUGGAAAAAGCACUGUUCUCCUGCCCAAGAAGGGCAGGUCUCCUGAAACUGCAUUAAUUCUUUAUAGAAAUGUGAACACUGAAUUUAUUUUAAAAAAUAAUUAAAAGAACCAAAACAUUUAAAAAAUUAAAAAAAGAAACAAAUGGGAAAAAGCACAGAAAACAACAUGUAUAUAGGUUUUGAAGGGAGUGAAAUUAAUGUAGUUUUCUUUUCUUCUGGGGUUUAUUUUUCUUUUUGGCUUGGCCUGUUGGUUUGUGUAGAGAAGAUUUGAGAUGGUACUCUAAUCUAUUCAAAAGUAAGAUUGUGUAAUUGGACCAGAAAUUACUAAACCCAUAGCCCCUCCCAACCCCAAUUCUGCUACAUGGGAAUUUCUCUACCUGCUGUCAAGGCAGAACCCCUGGUAUCCUGUGAAGGUGCCAUCAGUUUAGGACUCCUGCAGGCAUCAGGCACCAGAUGUGUCUGGCACUAGUUACCCUUAGCAGCCAAAAAACCAGGAUGAUGCCUCAGUUUUGACCUGUGAUAGCAAGAGUAGGCUUCCUUCCCACUCCUGGGGACAAACCAUUCACCUUCAGUCCAGGGGGCUGGGGUUCAGGAGCCAGGUAUAAGAGCCUAUCCUUGUCCCCAACACCCCCAUCUCCCAGCCUCAUGAUGGUGCUACCUAAGAAAGUCCUCCCCACACCCUUUGCCAGCCCAGUCAGUGGUCAGACUUGGAGGAGGAUCUGACAGGACGGUAUAACCGUGAGAUAAAAUGUCUUAGUUGGUACCUAUUUGUAGCUUAGCUUUGUAUUUAAAUAGCAAACAAAAAAGGAAAUGAACUUGAAACUUAUUUGUCAUCUUUAAAAAAGCAAAAAUAAUUAAAAUGAAAAAUAAGAAAGGAGAAAUGUAAAAACAAAAAUGCAAAAUAGCAAUGAAAAUGAAGUUCAAAAAAUAUGAGAUGAGACAUGGUUCCUGCUUUCAUGUACUCAGUACACACUCUUUUGAGACAUAUUGAAAACAUUUGAAAAAAAAAAGAAAGAAGAAAAACAUUUGAAAAAUGCUCAAGUGGGGGGGGUCUUUGUUCUAAAUUGACAUAGUCUCAGCAUGGGGCUUUUUUCUUUAAAUGAACCCUAUGAUUGGAUAUAUGUCCUAUAGGAAGCUAGAAAUUUAGUAGAUAGGUAAUGCUAUUUCUUAUGAUUGGCCAACUGAAAAUGUGGAGAGAUAAUAUUCUUAGAUGAUGAUUCUUAGAUGACUGAGGGUUACAAUAAGGUGUUUCUACUAUCUAUCAGGAUAUUCCCAAUCUGCCCAUCUUUGUACACGAAUCAUUAAAAGGGAAACUUGUUCAGUUAAUUCAGUAUGCACAAAUAACUGUACUAUAAUCUUAAUCUGAGUCCAUUCGUUUAAUUGGAUGCUAUUUUCCAAAUUAAUUCUUUCUCUUUCAUCUUCCUGGUUUUAUUCCUUGUACAUCAGAAUCCAAGAAGUUCUUGUUAAAAAGGAAAAUAAAAAUGUUUGGAUUUUUUGAUA